GAAAACCCUAAUCGGAAAAGGAAGGGGCGAAAGAAAAAGAAAAAAAUAAAAAAAUAAAGAAAAUAAAAAAUAAAAAUCGAUCCCCAUAACAUAAGUCCCUUCUUUUUUGUUUUUAUAAUUUUACCGAUUUUUGGGAGCAGAAGGCGUUCGAUAAAUUUUUUUGUGUGUUUUUUUCAAAUUAGCAUCAGACGACGCCGUUUUUGGGCUCUCCUUCUUCCCGCCAUGGUUGCACAGGUGGCGGAGCCUCAGCCAUCUGCUCCGCAGCUCCGUAGUGGCGGAGGCGACCGCGGCGCUGAAAGCCCUCUCGAUAGUGCCAGGACGUUAAUCUGCGCGCUCAAUUUCCUCUCCCGCGAUUUGCCCUUGCCGCAAGACGUAUACGACGCGGUUUCCUCGAUCUACAGCAGCAAUGGCAUUCUCGCCGCCGAUGCUGAUCGUGACGUCGGAGAUGACGUCAGCAAUGGGGAUGAUGCUUCGAUGGUGCAACCGGAUUCUUUUGGUAUGCCGCCAAGUUAUGAUGAGUUAAUGUUGGAUUUUGAGGAUGCUGUGCUGCAGCAGAGAUCAAGUUGUUUGCCUGGUUCAAAAUUGUCAGAUAUAAAGGAAAAUAGGUUUCAAAGCCGAGUCCAGCGUCGUGUAACUGAAUUAGAGGAACUGCCCACAAGCAGAGGCGAGGACCUGCAGUCAAGAUGCUUGCUUGAGCUUUAUGGACUUAAGUUAGCUGAUCUCCAGAGUAAAGUGCGCUCUGAAGUGAGUUCUGAGUAUUGGCUUCGUUUGCAUUGUGCGAAUCCUGACAAGCAGCUUUUUGAUUGGGGCAUGAUGCGACUGCGCCGUCCCUUAUUUGGCGUUGGAGAUGCUUUUGCAAUGGAAACUGAUGAUCCUCUCAGGAAGAAACGAGAGGCUGAGAGAUUGUCAAGAUUUGAGGAGGAAGAAAGGAAUCGAAUAGAGACUAGGAAAAGGAAGUUUUUUGCUGACUUGCUUAAUGGUGCUCGAGAACUUCAAAUGCAAGUCCUGGCUUCACAGAAACGGCGCAAACAGAGAAAUGACGGUGUUCAGGCUUGGCAUGGAAGGCUGAGGCAACGAGCAACACGAGCUGAAAAGUUGAGAUUCCAAGCACUGAAAGCUGAUGAUCAAGAAGCUUACAUGAAAAUGGUUGAGGAGAGCAAGAAUGAAAGAUUGACCAUGCUCCUAGGAAAAACUAAUGAUCUCUUAGUUCGCUUGGGAGCUGCUGUUCAGCGACAAAAAGAUGCCAGAGAUGAUGGCAUUGAACCCCUGCAAGGUUCAGACUCUGAAUUGGCUGAGUUAUCUGCUUCGAGGACUGAUACACCAGCACAGUCGGCUCCAGAAGAAGAUGAAGAGGUCGACGAUGAAUCUGAUGAUAAAGCAAAGACAGGUGAUUUGCUGGAAGGGCAGCGAAAAUAUAAUUCCGUUGUCCACUCUAUCCAGGAAAAGGUGAGUGAGCAACCAAAUAUGCUUCAAGGUGGAGAGUUAAGACCUUACCAGAUUGAGGGUCUUCAAUGGAUGCUGUCGCUAUUCAAUAACAAUCUAAAUGGAAUUUUGGCUGAUGAAAUGGGGCUGGGAAAAACGAUUCAGACGAUCUCUUUAAUUGCUUAUCUCAUGGAAAACAAGGGCGUGAGCGGGCCCCAUUUAAUCGUGGCCCCAAAGGCUGUCCUGCCAAACUGGAUUAAUGAAUUUACGACAUGGGCGCCUGGCAUUUCAGCUGUUCUUUAUGACGGGCGUCAGGAUGAGCGAAAGGCUCUGAGAGAAGAGUAUUCAGGAGAAGGGAAGUUCAAUGUUUUGAUCACACAUUACGACCUUAUUAUCAGAGAUAAAGCAUUUUUGAGGAAAACUCAUUGGAACUACCUGAUUGUUGAUGAAGGCCAUCGACUUAAAAACUUCGACUGUGUUCUUGCAAGGACUCUGGUUUCAGGUUAUCGAAUUCGGCGAAGACUUCUUCUGACUGGUACCCCGAUACAGAAUAGCUUGCAGGAACUGUGGUCCCUGCUUAACUUUCUCCUUCCUAACAUCUUCAAUUCAGUCGAGAACUUUGAGGAGUGGUUCAAUGCCCCCUUUGCCGACAAAUGUGAUGUUUCUUUGACAGAUGAAGAGCAACUAUUAGUCAUUCGACGCUUGCACCAUGUCAUACGGCCAUUUAUAUUGAGACGGAAGAAAGAUGAGGUUGAGAAAUACCUACCUAGUAAAACUCAGGUCAUUCUAAAAUGUGACAUGUCGGCAUGGCAGAAAGUAUAUUACCAGCAAGUUACGGAAAUGGGAAGAGUUGGGCUCGCUCAAGGUAGCGGCAGGUCGAAAAGCCUGCAGAAUUUGACGAUGCAGCUUCGGAAGUGUUGCAACCAUCCAUACCUAUUUCUCGGCGAUUAUUAUCUGCAACCUACAGAGGAAGUGAUCCGGGCAUCGGGAAAAUUCGAGCUUCUCGAUCGGUUACUCCCCAAACUUCACAAGGCCGGCCACAGAGUCCUCCUUUUCUCUCAAAUGACGAAGCUAAUGACCAUUCUCGGCGACUAUUUGAAGCUGAAAGGAUUUCAUUUUCUCCGACUCGACGGCUCCACGAGCACCGGCGACAGAGGCGAAUUACUUAAGCAAUUCAACGCCCCCGACUCGCCGUUCUUCAUAUUCCUUCUCAGCACCCGUGCCGGAGGACUCGGCCUGAAUUUACAGACUGCGGAUACGGUGAUAAUUUUCGACAGCGACUGGAAUCCGCAGAUGGACCAACAGGCGGAAGAUCGGGCGCACCGAAUCGGGCAGAAAAAGGAGGUCAGAGUUUUUGUGCUCGUCAGCGUCGGGUCCAUCGAAGAAGUCAUCUUGGAAAGGGCUAAGCAGAAAAUGGGCAUCGACGCGAAGGUCAUCCAGGCGGGACUGUUCAAUACGACGUCGACGGCGCAAGAUCGACGGGAGAUGUUAGAGGAAAUCAUGCGGAAAGGCUCGAGCUCGCUCGGAACGGACGUGCCGAGCGAGCGGGAGAUAAACCGUUUAGCGGCGCGAUCAGACGAAGAAUUUUGGCUGUUCGAGAGGAUGGACGACGAGCGACGGCAGAGAGAGAAUUACCGGUCCCGGCUCAUGGAAGAACACGAGCUGCCGGACUGGGUUUACACCGUACCGGAAAUGAAAUCCGGGAAGGGAAAAGGGUCGCUCGACUUUGACACACCGGUCACCGGAAAACGACGUCGGAAGGAGGUGAUUCGGGAGGAUACGUUGACGGACACGCAAUGGAUGAAGGCUGUCGAGAACGGAGAAGAUCCUUCAUCGAAGCAUUCGAUUAAACGGCGGAGGGAGAAUCAGAAUCCGCCGCCGGUCGAAUUGCCGAAAAGUAACAGCGGAGUUGUCGUCGGCAGUGAGAAGAAAGUGCCCGAAAUGAAGAGCGAGACGGUGUCGAUGAGCGAGGUGAAGAGUGAAGAGACAACGGCGGCUGCAGCGGCGACGACUACGGCGAAAUCGGAGGCGGAAAGUUGUCAGAGAAGCAGCUUAGAUGGGACUGAGGGGGGAGUGAUGAAUGGAUUGACAAUGACUUGGAGUGGACAUAAGAAGAGGAGAUCAAGUUUGAUGAAUUGAUCAUUAUUUUUCAUAAGAAGCAAUUUUAGGAUUUGGACACUAAUUAAUUGGGUACUAAAAAAGUUUGUUAGUUGUAUGGAGUGGAGUGUUGUUCAAUUGAUCAUCCUCAACAUGUCAUGUUCUUUUCUUGAAUAAUGCUACUAGUGUUUAUUUGCUAAGAGAUUAGGGAUUUUUCACAUCAAUUAUAAAAUGUCAUUUACAUUGGAUCA